AUGAACACGCGGGUGGUUGCCGUCCCUCACAGCGGCGACCCUCUAGGAUCAUUCGACGACUCCAAAGACCCCCUGGCCAGACUAGAACACUGGCACAUAUCCCCAGACGCCAAAGACGCAGUCGCCACAUUGACCCCAGCUGCGGAAUAUCUCAGAACCAAGGACACGCCAGUCGCUUUCCCUACGGAGACGGUAUACGGUCUCGGCGCGGAUGCCACGAGGAGCGCAUCCGUCAAGGGCAUCUACUCUGCAAAGGGCAGACCAUCUGACAACCCGCUCAUCGUGCAUGUGUCCGACCUCCACAUGCUGCGAAGCCUGCUUGGUUCUCAGGACGAAAGCGCCAUACCAGCAAGAUACAAGUCUCUGAUAAAGAGAUUCUGGCCUGGGCCCCUGACGAUUCUUCUGCCGAAUCCUGAUCCGUCACCGCUGGCGCCGGAAGUGACGGCCGGUCUCAAGUCGUUUGGUGUGCGGAUGCCUUCUUCGCCGCUGGCGUUGACGCUUAUUAAACUUGCUGGUGUGCCGCUGGCUGCCCCUUCGGCGAAUGCGUCUACCAAGCCGUCGCCAACGAUGGCGCAACACGUCAAGGAUGAUUUGGAUGGACGGAUAGAAUUGAUUCUGGAUGGCGGGUCUUGCGAAGUCGGCGUGGAGAGUACGGUUGUGGACGGGCUGUGUGAUCCUCCGGUUGUUUUGAGACCUGGAGGCGUAGGCAUCGACGAGUUGAGGAGCUGUCCUGGGUGGGAGGAUGUUGUCAAGGCGUACAAGGACCAGAGUGAGGAGGGUAAGGCGGCGCCGCGGGCACCGGGGAUGAAGUACAAGCAUUAUAGUCCCAAGGCGAGGGUCGUGCUGUACGAGUCGAGCUACAAGGAUGGGAGGGAGGGUAUCGUGAGGGCGGAUGCGGAGGCCGUUGCGGCGGCCACGAAUGGGGAUUCGCACGCCGUGAACGGGAGUGGGAGGAAGAAGGUCGGAGUGAUAAGGACAAAGAGGUGGAAGCCUGCCGCUGGUUUGCGAUGCAGUAAGCUUGAAUUGUAUGCGCGGCAGAAUGGGCACAGCCAGCAGAACGGUUAUCAUGAUGAGACGUCGUUUGACGUGUACAUGGGGGAUUUGCAAAAUGGACAAGGGGACGCUAUCGGGCAAAUAUUCGAUAUUAGUCUCGGCGGAGAGACCCGCGGCAUAGCUCAGGGCUUGUUCUCUGCUCUUCGGGAACUGGAUAGACGGGGCGCGGAUAUCAUUUUUGUAGACGGCAUAGACGACGAGCUGGAUAUAGCGGCCGCUGUGAUGAACCGCCUCCGCAAGGCGGCAUCCGAAACUAGAGCAUAG